ACACAACACAGAGGGUAAUGCUAAUACCCCAAAAAAGUAAAAGGGUGGGUCAUGAUAUUAUGACAUAAAAUUUCCCAACAAAGAAAAGAAAGAAAGAAAGAAAAUCAAACGCAAACAAACUCAAUUCAACUCACUCUCCCACCACACCACACAGCAUAGAGAUCUAUUCGCUUCUCUCUGCAAAAGUAAAAAGCUUUGCAAGCAAGCACCCCAACAUCUAAAAACCCAGAAAAAGAAAAGGCCAUUUCUUUACAUCUUCCAUGACCUGGGUAAGGUUUGUCUCUGAGUGAAUCAGACAAACCUUUCCUCACUCUACACACAAAAAAAACUACCCCAUUCUCUCUCUCUCUCUCUAUAUCUAUUUUUGUUACAUCUCUUUCUGCCAGCUCUUUGUACCAACAUGCCAUUGCAAAGUUUGGGUUUGCAAAUUUGCAUUCGUACUGAAGGAUGAGGAAGAAUGGGUGGCAGCUACCUUAUCAUCCUCUCCAGGUGGUGGCUAUUGCUGUGUUUAUGGCUCUGGGGUUUGCCUUCUAUGUGUUCUUUGCUCCUUUUGUUGGGAAGAAGAUGUAUCAGUAUGUUGUUAUGGGUCUCUACACACCCCUGAUCACUUGUGUCUUUGGAUUGUACAUUUGGUGUGCAGCAUCUGACCCUGCAGAUCCUGGGGUUUUCAAGUCCAAAAAAUAUCUUAAAAUUCCAGAUAGCAAAAAGCUUGAUGGACUCAAGAAUUCUAAACUAGGAGGCGAAUCAACUUCGUCAAUGCAUGAUGGAAAUGCUUCAACUGUUGGACCAAAAUCGGUCGAUAAGGAAGAAUUGGGAACUGAAGCAAGUUUUAAAGAUGCUGCUAUUUCUACAGAGAAGAAAAAUGCAUCAUCACCUUCUUUGUCCCGUCUCCUAUUGGUUUGCUCUCCUUGUGCUUAUAUAUGUGGUUGCUCAAGUUCAAGUAACGAAUCUUCUGAUCAACAAGCAAGUGAAGAUGGCAUGUUCUAUUGCAGUUUGUGUGAAGUUGAGGUCUUCAAGUAUAGCAAGCAUUGUAGAGUUUGUGACAAGUGUGUUGAUCGCUUUGAUCAUCAUUGCAGGUGGCUGAACAACUGUAUUGGGAAAAGGAACUACAGAAAAUUUUUCACCCUUAUGGUUGCUUCUCUCCUCUUGCUUAUUCUUCAGUGGUUGACUGGGAUACUUGUGCUUAUCUGCUGUUUUGUUGAGAAGAAGAAAUUUUCUGUGGAUAUCUCCUCCAAAUUGGGGAGCAGUUUCUCUCUGGUUCCCUUCGUUAUUGUGGUGGCAGUUUGCACCAUUUUGGCUAUGAUUGCUACCCUACCCCUUGCUCAGCUGUUCUUCUUUCAUAUUCUUCUCAUUAAAAAGGGAAUCACCACAUAUGAUUACAUCAUAGCUUUGAGGGAGCAGGAGCAGGAGCAACAAGGCAUUGGAGGUCAGCAGAGUCCCCAAAUGUCGCCUGUUAGCUCCCUUACUGGAAUGAGCAGUGCAAGCUCUUUUUCUACUUUCCAUCGUGGAGCAUGGUGCACACCCCCGCGUCUGUUCCUUGAAGAUCAGCUUGAUGUAGUGCCCCCAGAAACGGCUUCUGUAAGUUCACUGGGAAAGAAGACAAUGAGAGACGAGCCGGUUAAGAAAAAGAAUCCCGGAGCAGUCAAAAUCAGUCCAUGGACGCUGGCACGGUUGAAUGCAGAAGAGGUUUCCAAGGCUGCUGCAGAAGCAAGAAAAAAAUCAAAGAUUCUUCAGCCCGUGGCAAGGCAUAAUAACGAGCCAUUCAGGCUGGAGCCAGAUCGCAACUCUGGCAGCAGUGGCCGGCGAAUGAGCCCUAGGAUUGAGACCAACAGAAGACGGCCCGGUAAACGGAUUCGCCUGCCUGCCGACUUGCAUAUGGAGGCCAUACCAAAAUUUUCUGCCAGCAACAUUGACAAAGGCUUCAUUGGAACAUCUAGUUUGGCGCCUCUCCCGCCCAAAGCACGGAGCGUGUUUCAACCAAGUCAAGCAGUGUCAAGCUCAGCCGGGAUGGUUGCCUCCUCUCCUGAAAGCAGUCUAGACUCGCCUGACAUUCACCCGUUUCGUGUGUCUUCCACCGAAGCUGAAGAAGCAAGAAGGCUUUCCGAUCUUUCUGCUGCUGCCGACGUGAACCUGAAGGGAAUCCCUCUGUCAAGGUCAACUAGUGAUGGGUAUGAGGCCUCUGGUGGGGAAGAUAGUGACAGGGUUCCCACCAGGAUUGUUCAGAGGUCCACAAAUUGGACUAAUAUGCUCUUCAGUGCUGAUCAGUACGAGAGACCUUUUGAGCCAAAAUCAUCAUCUAGCGUGGUUUAUAGCAGAAAGUUGUGACCAAUUUGGGUGUUAAUUAGACAAAACUAUUAUCAGAUUAUAUUGAUGGGAAUUGUUCAUUCUUUGAUUUGUGAGCCCAAAGGUACUCUCUCACCUUCAACAACCCUUAACUCUCUCACCUUCAACAACCCUUAACUCUCUCACCUUCUUGAGGUUGAGUUGAUGCCCCUCAAAGUUUUUGGGGUAGGCUAAGUGGGAAGUGGGAACCCAUGUACAAAGGUUUAGGUCACAGGAGCUGAUUGAGUAUCCCAAUAUAUUGUUUUGUGCUCCUUAUUUUGUUAAAAUUUUAACCAAAUAAGUCUUCUCAUA